AUGGGAGUGACCCGAACCUAUCUUGGAGAGAUUGUGGAUGAGAGCAACGAGGCGAAAGGCUUCAGCUUCCUGGCGCUCUGCUUUUCGGUGGGGCUCUUCGUGGGGCCCAUCCUCGGGGGCGAGCUGGUGUUUCCCGCUGAACGAGCCCCACAAAUCUUUGGUGGCACCAUCUUUGAAGAGUAUCCUUUCCUCUUGCCAAAUCUCACGUAUGCCAUCUUUGCGGCCAUCGCAUGGGUAAUUGGCUGUGUUUUUCUGGAGGUGUGGGUGGGGCGAUCGGCGAUGGGAGAGGCCGCCUGGGAAGAGAUCAGUGCACCGAACCGCUACGUGAUUCCCGAAGAUGAGUCCCAAGCGUCAGACGCCAGCAACAAGAAGGGCUGCUAUUCCUUGGAGAUGGUCUCGAUGCUUGCCAAUAUGACGAUCGUGACCUAUUGUGCUCUUUCGGGCACCACAGCAGCUCAAAACCAGCUGUUGAUCCUCCUGGUGUCCGGAGACCCAGAGCUGCCACCUCCCAGGUCCUAUGAGAAGUCGGCUGGUGGCUUUGAGUUUGGCCCGCGCGAUAUUGGCUUUCUGCAAAACAUAGGUGCUGUUGGACUAUUGAGUUCUCAACUCUUCCUCUAUCCGAAACUCACAAAGAAGUUUGGUUUCCUCAAGGUCUUCCUCUUCGGCUUUUUCAUGGCUCACCUCUCUUACGGACUCUUUCCCAUCUAUGGACACCUUUUCCUGGUAUUUGUUCCAGGUAUUUAUCGAUUCAUUCCACUGGGCAUGAUGCAAUUCGUCUACACGGCGGCCACUGGAAUGAUGUUCCCCACGGCCUUCGCCUUCAUCAACCGCCGCUUUCGGCACUAG